CAAUUCACAAUUGGUAAUUGUUUAUUGUUGGCAACGCGCUGAAUGACGGCGACAUGACAAAACCGCUGAAGUGCUGAAUGUCAAAGCCCAAAAUGACAGCUGUCAUCUAACCUUUCCUUUCUUUCCGGUGACUGCUCCACAAAAGACGCUAAAGAUGUUUAUGCCAAAGGCUCAUCGCGUAGCUAUCUACGAGUACCUCUUCAAAGAGGGUGUUAUUGUCGCCAAAAAGGAUUUCCACGCUCCCAAGCACCCUGAGCUGGAAACUAUUCCCAACUUGCAUGUUAUCAAAACAUUGCAGUCGCUUCAUUCGCGUGGCCUGGUUAAGGAACAAUUCGCAUGGAGACAUUACUACUGGUAUUUGACCAACGAAGGUAUUGAGUACCUCCGCAGUUACUUGCAUUUGCCUCCUGAAAUUGUGCCAGCCACAUUGAAACGCCCAGCUCGUUCUGAGACAAUGCGUCCCCGCCCAGCGGCAUCUGCUCGUACUGGUGACUCUACCAAGACCGGUGAGGAUCGUACUGCUUACAGACGUGCGCCCGGUGGACCCGACAAGAAGGGAGAUGCUGGUCCUGGUGCUGCUGAUGUUGAUUUCCGUGGUGGAUUCGGACGUGGUGCACGCCCACAAUAAAAAGUGGAUAUGAAAAUAUCGUAACCACUUAUUUAGUUAUAAAAUGAUGUUCCAGACGGGAUUUUUUAUUUUAAAGUAAAUAAAAAAAUGAAACAAUCUUGAA